CUCCACAAAAAAAACCUGUAAUAACUGUCACUAUAAAAUCACCCCAAAAAAAUCACACAAAUCAAUCAGAGAAAAAAAUAAAUAAUUAAAUAAAAAGUGGUGGUCUAAAUUCGAAACAGAUUCAAAGUGAAACCAAAUCAGUUGUUUUGUACUUCUCCCCCUCAAACUGCAACUUCUUUCUGUGCUGUCAUGGCCACCGUUUCACCAGGUGGAGCUGCUGUUGUCCCGAUCAAACUCCAUACCCACAAACCAAGACUCUCCUCCCCAUUUCUUGGCAAGAAACUUAACCCCAAGCCUUCUCCCAGGACCAUACUCUCAACCCACAGAACACUUUCAGUUCUUGCAUCAGGAGGGGAAUUCUUCGAUGCCGUUCACAACUUCUUUUUGGGUGUUGGGGUUGGCCUACCAUGUACUGUGAUGGAGUGUGGUGAUAUCAUAUACAGAAGCACUCUGCCAAAGUCCAAUGGCUUGACCAUUACUGCUCCUGGUGCAGCUUUGGCUCUGGCUGCACUCUCUUAUCUUUGGGCUACUCCUGGUGUGGCUCCUGGCUUCUUUGAUAUGUUUUUUCUGGCUUUUGUUGAGAGGUUGUUUAGACCCACUUUCAGAAAGGAUGACUUUGUUUUGGGGAAGAAGUUGGGUGAGGGAGCCUUUGGAGUCGUUUACAGAGCUUCACUGGCUAAGAAGCCUUCUUCCAAGAAGGAAGGUGACUUGGUUUUGAAAAAGGCUACUGAAUAUGGGGCAGUGGAAAUUUGGAUGAACGAGCGUGUUCGAAGGGCUUGUGCAAGCAGCUGUGCAGAUUUUGUGUAUGGAUUUCUUGAGAGGUCAUCAAAGAAAGGUGGUGAAUAUUGGCUUAUAUGGCGUUUCGAAGGAGAGGUCACGCUUUAUGAUUUGAUGCAGAGUAAAGACUUCCCCUACAAUGUAGAGGCAAUGAUUCUCAAAGAGGUUCCGGACUUGCCUAAGGGAUUGGAAAGGGAAAACAGAAUCAUUCAAACUAUUAUGAGACAGAUUCUAUUUGCAUUGGAUGGUCUUCAUUCAACUGGGAUAGUGCAUAGGGAUAUUAAGCCGCAGAAUAUUAUUUUUUCCGAAGGGUCUCGUUCAUUCAAGAUAAUUGAUCUUGGAGCUGCUGCAGAUCUGCGAGUGGGAAUCAACUAUAUUCCAAAGGAGUUUCUUUUGGACCCAAGGUAUGCUGCACCAGAGCAAUACAUCAUGAGCACACAAACUCCGUCUGCACCAUCACCUCCAGUGGCAACUAUACUCUCCCCGGUGCUGUGGCAGAUGAAUUUGCCAGAUAGAUUUGAUAUUUACAGUGCUGGUCUAAUUUUCCUACAAAUGGCAUUUCCAGGAUUACACACUGACAGUAGCCUCAUACAGUUCAACCGUCAGUUAAAAAGAUGUGAUUAUGACUUAGCUGCCUGGAGAAAAAGUGUAGAGCCACGUGCUGGCCCUGAACUUCGAAGGGGCUUUGAGUUGCUGAAUUUAGAUGGGGGGAUAGGAUGGGAGCUUCUAAAAUCAAUGGUUCGAUACAAAGCACGACAAAGAAUAAGUGCGAAAGCAGCUUUAGCUCAUCCCUACUUUGAUCGAGAAGGACUGUUAGCUUUGUCUUUCAUGCAGAUUCUGAGGCUGCAACUCUUUCGUUCAACACAACAGGAUUAUGGGGAGGCUGCCAACUGGGUUAUUCAGCGAAUGGCAAAAUCUGGAACAGAGAAGGAUGGUGGCUUCACUGAGGCUCAGCUUCAAGAUCUUCGAGAAAGUGUGGAACCCAGAAAGAAGGCAGGUGCUCAAAGGAAUAUUCUUGCGUCAGCUCUUCGCCUUCAAAGGAAGAUAAUAAAAACAUUGAAUGAGAGCAUGGAUGAGCUUAGCAGACGCAGUAAGAGUGUAUGGUGGAGCAGGUGGAUCCCAAGAGAGGAAUGAGAAUUAAGCACUUAACAUCAGGCUCGUGCGACUUUCCUUGAACCUUGAUUGUCCAGAAGCCAGCUACCAAUUCUAACAAUCUAGCAUAUGCUGUUUUUGAAAAGGCAGUCUCACAGUAUUUUCUAGAAAAAUUUAUGUAUCCUUCUUCGUAUCUAAGAAUUAUUUUCGUACAUAAAAUAUUGCUGUGAAUGAACAAUGAGAUUACAAGAUCCAGUCAAAGCACAAUAAGAGAAAAAAAAAAAAAUCUUUUAUAACAUUUUGAUGAA